AUGGAGGAGAAGAUUGUAAUCGCGGUGUGCGGCUACCCGGAGCUCUAUGACACAACGUGUCUACUCUACAGAGACCUGGAUCAAUGUCGAAAGAAAUGGAAGAGCCUCAGGGACACUUAUUUAAAGGAAAGGAGGAAGGAGGCAGAGAAAAAGAGCAGGGCAGCGGCAGGGCCAGUGAAGAGGUGGAAGUACUCUGCGGUCCUUUCUUUCCUCGACCCCUUCAUAACCCCGAGGGAGACCAGCGGCAACAUGGGUCGGGGGGUCGAGGAUAGGGCCGCAGAGUAUAGAGAGUCGGAAGCAGGGCCGGUCGAGGACAAGGGAGAGGCAGCAGGCCCCUCAGGGAUUGAGUCUGGAGACCACCAAGCACUGGACUCUCCCAACAGCAGUGACACAGAACCUGCUCCUGCUGCCUCUCCCACUGACGGCCCUGCUUCUGGCUCUUCUUCUGGCCCUGCCACUGCCCCUGCUGCUGCACGAGGGAGAGCACCCAACAGUAUGGUGACGAGAAGGGCCAGGAAGAGAGGGAGGGAGGACGGAGAGACCAGGCAGAGCCAAAUUGAGGAGCUGCUCCUGGAGGCCCUCAAGAGGCAGGCGCAGCCUGGUCCACCUGCUCCACCUGAUCCUCCUCGUCAGCCUCCCUCGGAGGAUGAAAUGUUCCUCCUCAGCCUGGUUCCUUCCCUGCAGAGAUUGUCGCCCCAGCGUAAGGAGUAUGUGAAAUUUCACAUACACAAAUUAAUUUUUGAAGCCAGCCCUGUUGUGCUAAAUUUUGAACAUUGUGAGUAG